AGCUGACAAUCGUCACGCCACUGUGAGAGUUGGAAAGUCUUGCCUGACAGGAAAGGUACAGUGUUGAGAGUGUCUUAAAGGCACAGUUCAGCCUUUUGAAUGCACAUUUCGGCUCUUUUAAUUGAAAAAAAUAACUAGGAAAUUAAGCAUAAUUUAUGAUCAGCAGACUUAAUGUUUUAAACAUUUUAAAACAUUUUUAUGGUUAAAAACAUCAAGAAUUAAUUUACUGAUCUUGAAUUAUGUAUAAUUGUUUUCCUAUAAGUUAUAGUUAGUUUCCUACGGUUAGUAUUUCAAUGGACCAUUUGCAUUAUAGACUAAAUUUUGAUCUAGACAAGUCUAGACAAAAAUUUCAUCACAGCUUGAAAGAGCAUCACAAAAUUAGUAAUAUGUAUUCCAAAGUUUAGUUGCGAAAUAUUGUAAAAUGCAGAUAAUAUAGCACUGCGAAGUUUGCCGUUUUUCAGUCAUUUUGUAUUACGCACGGGAAAUUGACAGCCCAAUCGGGUGUUGGGGCAUCAAUUUUCCGUUUGUAAUACAAAAUGACUGAAAAUUGCAAAUUUCGCAAGGCUAUAUUAUCCACAGUACAACAUUUCGCAACGAAACUUUGGAAUAUUACUAAUUUUGAGAUGCUCUUUCAGGCUGUGAUGAAAUGUUUGUCUAGACCAAAAUUUAGUCUAUAAUGCAAAUGUCCAUUAAAAGGGCCGAAAUGCGCCUUAAAACCAUCAUUCAAAAGGCUGAACUGUGCUUUUAACAUAGCCUGCUGUCACUGUUGGUGGUUGUCCCCAACCGUUGGAGUCAAUGUGUGGCAGGCUAAUUCUUUCAAACCUCAUUAUUAGUGGUCUCUCGUCGUCCUGAAAUAUGCCAGUGAAUAAUUAAUGAAAUCACACCAAGAUGGCCGCCUGAAGUCUCAUUAUCUCGCGUUUAAAACCAUCUAAAACUCGAGGGUGGGAAGCUACACUUUCAAGUUAUGUAGAAGAAUUUUUUAUUAUAACUAAUUUUAAACAAAGAACGAUUUUAUUCAUAAGAUGCACAUUUGAAAAUUUCUUCUCAUUAUAAAUAUUCUGGCUUCAAAAUGUAUUCCCCGAAUUUAAAAGGUUGCUCUAUCCAGCAAGGUGUGGGGAAUGUUGUUCAAUGUCCCCCCACGAUCACAAUAAAUCACAAACCAAAAUAAAGCUUUAAUGCUCAGAAAUCUCAAAAAGUUGCUCACAAAAAAACACGAUGCAGUACUCUUGCUAGAACUAAAUCGUACCAUUUACCUCCGGUACAGGUUACCCUAGCUAUUUUCGACACACUCCCCUAUUUUGUUCCGAUAGGAACCAAAUAUUUCAACAAUAUCUCAGUUCUGUUCAUAGACUACUGAUUAUGCAUGUGUAUUAUAAACGUUCAAUAACAACAACUAUAUUUAAAGUGUUCAGUCACUUUGUUCUUCUUCUUCAGCUAUCUUUCGAAUGUUCUCCUGAGCGGAUAUUGCUGCCUUUCUCUUGAGUGCAAACUCUUUCGCUUCCACGUUCCAGUUGGUCUUGGGUGGUUCCAUGUCACACGACAAUUCCAAUGGAUAUAGAAACUGGAUUGAAUGCUCCAAGAAUGAUUUUCCUGCUCUGAGUUUGACCGCUCUGAUCACACCGUCUCUUCCCUUGAUCAUUUGAACUACAACACCGAGUUUCCACUUGUUUCGAUUUCUUUCCUUUCCUUUGAUAAUCACCACGUCUCCUUGUUUCAGCGUAUGCUCUUUCUUUGGAUGUUUCAAAUUAUGGCGUUCUCGCAACCCCCGAAGAUACUCCGACGACCAUCUCGACCACAAAGCGUCUUUGCAUUUUUUAACAUAUCUUUCUCUCUUUCUAAGGCUUGCCUCAUCAGUGCAAUCGAAAUCUUCCUCUGGGAUUGUGUCAGGUUGACCAAACAUCAAGUUAUUAGGGGUUAGGAUUGGCAUUUGGAUGUCAUCCUCUACGUGACUCAACGGUCUGUUGUUCAACACCAGCUCGAUGUCUAACAAUACUUCUUGAAGUGCUUUCCAUUGUACACAGGCUUUUCCAAUGGACUUGAUAACGCUUGUUUGACUAAUCCUACCAUCCGCUCAAACUGACCGCCCCACCACGGUGCACGAGAUAGAUUAAACUGCCAAUCGAUUCUUUGUUCUGCUAACCAGUUGUGAAAACGCUCUUCUUUCAUCACCUCUCUCAGCCAGGUCGAUGCAGCCACGAAGUUAUGCCAUUGUCCGAGUAGAUCUUUCUAGGACGGCCCCUGCGAGCAAUAAACUUCUUCAAACUAUGGAUAAAUUCUGUUGUAGUUAGGUCUGGAAGUAACUCCAAAUGGAUAGCUCUCGACAGACUGCAGAUAUACAGAAGGAUGUAUGACUUCUGUUUUUGAUUCUUCGCCGUACGGUAGGGAAUAGGCCCGCGUAAUCAACACCGAUCAUCUGCAAUGCAGAGGAUCCAACUGUUCGAUCUGUCGGAAGAUUUCCGGAUGGAGGAUUGACAACUGCUAGUGCCCGAAAUCGUUUACAGCCAUUACAUUUCUUGUUCACCUUUCUUACCAACCGUCGUAACCGUGGUAUCCAGUAAACCUCUCGCAGUUUAGUCAUCGUAAGACCGACUCCCCAGUGCAAGGUGCGGAUAUGGGCGCCCAUUACAAGCUUCUCGGUGAACAUAUCUUGAUCCGGUCCGUCAUUGUGUCUUUGAAGGUUUAACCGUAGCCGAUCAUCAUGAAAGGUGUUGGUUGCUACAUUCCUUCCUUGAACUCUUUUUACCCAAGAUACUAGCUGCUUUUGAAUUUUCUCCGACGUAAUAGGACCCACUGUCUUCUCUCCAUCAUGGACUUUACUUUAGCAUUAAACAUGAACCUCGCCACCCAUGCUCCAUUUCGCAGUGUUUUCCAAAGCUCAAAUUUCCUGAGAAGUUCGUCUAACGUAUCAUUUCCUGUCACGGCUAAUGCGAAUAAUCCACGGGUUAACUUGGUUUCUGCUUUCGAUUUAUCGGUUUCAAUAAUCACGGGAGUGGGAGGCCAGUUCUCUUUCGCUCCAAGCCAGUCCGGUCCGUGUUGCCAUAACUGCUUAUCGUUGGAUCUCAAACCUGCCCGACUCCCGAUAUCAGCUGGAAUUUGAACCGUUGGUACGUGUCUCCACUUGCUUUUCUCACAGAUCUUCCGCAGGCGAUUUUGUACGAACUGUUUGUACUGCCCUUUCCCUUCGAUCCAGUACAAAGCCACCGUGCUAUCUAGCCAUCCUGUCACUUCGGUGAUAGGGAACCCUUCUAAGGCUGUUUUCACAUUGUGACCAUGUGACCCGAUACGAACAUGUGACCCGACACUAACUCCGUCCUUGGUAUGGACAGUCCUUGUUUUGCUAAACGUGAUUUUGCUGCAACCAAUCCCUGCGUGUCUCCAGAAGGUUGCCUCACCACAGCAUAGAGGGCUGUUGCCACUCCUUUGUUACUUGCAUCUCCGAAUGCAUGCAGACAAAUUUCUUGGAUAUCUUCUCGAUUUCCUACAAGACUCCUAGGAACUUCAACACUGUCCGGAAGUUCGUUCUCCCACUUUUCCCAUCGUUUUGCCAACGAUUCAUUCAGCGGUGCAUCCCAUCCAAACUUGCGGUCACAGGCUUCGCGGUACAAUAGCUUGCUGGCUAAUCUCCUCGGAAACACUAGUCGUAAAGGAUCAUAUACUCUAGCUAUUUUUGAUAGUAUGCCUCUUUUAGGCUUUUUCUGACGGGAAGGAAAUGCUUAUCGUGUCCUUAUCUUUUUUCCAGUCGAGAUUUACCAUUCUCUUUAGUUGGGACCCCGAGUUGUUCCUUUGCGUGCGUAAGUUUCGUGUUCUUGCUUUGAUGAGGAUGGCGUUUCUAGCUCCUUGUCGUUUGACUGCCACUUAUGCAGAUCGAAUGUGCCAUUUUGAAAGAUUUCAGUGGCCUUGUCUUUUAACUGUGAUGCCUUCUCGGUUGUAGUAGCUCCACUAACAUAGUCAUCAACGUAAAGACUUUUGUUAAUCAACCACAGCAGGGUGCUUCGGGUGCCAGCUUUCUAAGUGCUGUUGAAUCACUCCCCCCAGGAGGAAUGGAGAUGGUGUCAAACCAAAGAGAGCUCUUGUAAAUCGCAGAGUUUGUAUUUCAUUCAUGUUGAUAUCUUUCAGCCAAUGAAAUCGGAGGACAUCUCUAUCACCGCUACUAACUCUCACUUGUAGGAACGCUUUACGCAAGUCUCCACUAAGGCAAAUAGGCUGAAAUCUUCCCCGAACUAGCACAGACCACAAUUUAUUCUGCAGAGGAGGACCGACUUCGAGACAGUUAUUACGUGAUGGUCACUCUUUCGAUGGUCGUGCCGAGGCAUCGUAAACGACCCGUAAUUUGGUACUUUCUGCAGUCUCACGAAAUACUCCCUUGUGUGGUAUAUAGAAUUCUCUUCCUUCAGGACUCUCUGGUACAGGUUCCACUACUCCUUCAUUCAACUGCUCCCUGAUAAUAUUGUCAUAUUCUUCCAACUUCCCACUGUUCUUGAGCUUACUCACCAAUGCCGUAGACGUCGUUGGCUGUUGGCCUCAUUCGUACCAAUUCACUUGGCAAUUGGAAAGUAGUUUCCCUUCCAGGGGAGGCCAGAUUCAUACAAGCCUUCUGGACUUCUGUAUAGUUGUUCUUUAAGUUCUUCAUAUACUGCUUCUUGAUUUCCAACUGGGGUGUCGUUGGUGCCGUUGAAUUUCGUGAUCACUAACUUGGGGAGCUUCGCUGCACUGCUAACUGCACUGGUACUAUUCUCGGGUGAUGACCUCAUGGAAUUUUUCUUUAUCUCGCUCAUCUUCGCUUCAAAUUCUAGCUUUUGUUUGAAUCGACAAAGUUCCUCGUAUUCCACCGAAGAUGUUUGGGUCAGGAACAUUUGAGAUAAAUCGACACCUUGUCCAGGUGAUACUAGAAUCCAUCCGAAUUUGGUUAGAUCAGCCACAGGUUCUCCCGGUACACCAACUUUCUGUCUCGAGCUUGUCUUGAUUUUUGCGUAUUCCCCCACACCCAAAAUGAGAUGAAUUGGGAGAUGUUUUUUUGGAUCAUCAUCCUCAAUCACUACCCCGUCCAAAUGCUGGUAUUUCUCCAAAACUUCGUCAUAAUGUGGAUUUGGUAACGACAACAAUUGCUGUUUAUCAAUCUUUGUCACAUCUGCUUCUAGACUAAAAUCACCGUUCACCGAUUGAAUACCAAUAUGGAAAAUGUCCACUUUCCUUGUAGUAGUCCCAAGUAGCAUUUCAAUGUCGCGAAUAUCUGAUUUGGAUGGUUCAGCUUUGAUAUGGUUUAGCAAAUCUUCUGAGGCGUAUGAGCUUCCUGCCCCUGUGUCCACCAGGGCUCGGCAUUUAACCCCCUGAACUUCGACAAUAACUACUGGAUAAACAACUGCAGCAUUUGUAAAGGGUGUGGCCAACAAAGGGUUUGAUACUUUAUUGCAAAUGGAUGUGUGGUGUCUUCUGCCACAGCUUGCACAGGUUGCCUUACUCUUACAGUCCACUGCUAAAUGUUUAGAACCUGUACAAUUGAAACACAGGUGCUUCUCUUGUAGAACUUUCCUUCUGUCCACUAUCGAGACAAUCUUGUCACAAUCCUUUGAUCGAUGCUCUCCACUUUCGCAGUAAACACACACUCUUUUUACUUCACUUUGCCUUGCCUUAAAUGCUUGGUCGCGUUGCCCAGUUGCUUUCCCUCCCCGAUAAGUAAACUUGCUAUCAUUUUUGUUAUCAUGAUCUUUGAUUUGUAGAGGGUUUCUCUCAGUCCAUUUUUUCAAGGCUUCAACUAAUUUUGGGAAGUUCCAUUCUUGCCAAUUAUCAGCACUUCGCACCAGCUCGCCCCGGAUCCCUUCUAACUUAUCGAGUGUAGUGCGAACGUACCCAGUAAUUUCUUUCAGUUUCCCAAGUGUCUCGAGUGAUUGAACAUUAUACACCAGAGAUUCAUAAAAUUCAUGCACUUUCCUUGGUUGGCUUCCAGUGAUGACGGGUAGCCCCAUAAUGUUUUUCAUGUAGGCAUGCACUAUUUCGCAGGGUCUACCAUAUUUGGUCUUAAGGACUGUUUUAGCACUUUCGUAUCCCUCGGUCGAAAAUGGGAGACCGUCUAUACAGCUCCUUACCUUCGACUCCACCAAUUCCUUUAAAUAUGAAAAUGUUGUAAUAGCAGCCGCUUUCGAUUUAUCUAUUUCUGCUUCGAAUUGGUUCCAAAACCUAAGCUAGCCUUGGUGUCAUGGUGUGUGCCGUUGAAUUUCGUGAUCACUAACUUUGGGAGCUUCGCUGCACUGCUAACUGCACUGGUACUAUACUCGGGUGAUGACGUCAUGGAAUUUUUCUUUAUCUCGCUCAUCUUUGCUUCAAAUUCUAGCUUUUGUUCGAAUUGUUUACGCUCAAAUGCUAAUUGUUCUUGCCUCGUAUGAAAUGCCAGUUUGUUUUCCUCUUCCUGUUGUUGUGCUUUCUCUUGGAGAAUUAAAUCCGCUAUAAGCUUGUUUAAAUCCGUAAUUUUUCCGUCGACUUCUUCAAAUUGCUCUACGACCGGCUUUCGACAUUUUCGUCGCUGUCGCCAUUUGUUAAUUUCGUUUCCUCAAUAUCUCAUUUUAACUUUUGAAUAGCAUCUGACAUCGAGUUCAACGCAUCGCGAUGACGUUUGAGCGCUGUUGUAUUUCCCUUUUUCACAAUAUCGUCGGUUUUGCUUAACGUAAAACGUAAGGCUUUCACUUUGCCCGCCAAUAAGCUGUCUAAUUUCUCCAUUUUGUUCGAUAUAUUUGCCGCGUUUCUAGCCGAAACUACGAAUUUCUAUCCUGUAUGGGGAAUGUUGUUCGAUGUCCCCCCACGAUCACAAUAAAUCACAAACCAAAAUAAAGUUUUAAUGCUCACAAAUCUCAAAAAGUCGCUCACAAAAAAACACAAUGCAGUACUCUUCGUAGAACUAAAUUUACAUUUACUUCCGGUACAGGUUACCCUAGCUACUUUCGACACUAGCUUUGAGAUCAAUAGGGAAAACUUUAGAUAUGAUCUUGAAGGAAAUUUGAGACCCAACCCGCCCCCAAAAAACUCCCCACCUCCAGGUGAGUUUCCCGGUUAGCUGAGCUAAUAUGAGCAGGAUCACCUCUUGCGAGGACACUACACCAGAGCUAAUGUCGAUAUUGGUUGGCUUGUGAAUGCAAUUCUACCGGGCUGUGUAUUCAUUGUACUUAUAAAUGAGAGAUUGAAAACAUGUUUGUUAUAUAACUGUGAUUUGUUUUUAUUUUAUAGUUGAUGGAUUUACCAACCAUUGUGGAAUCUUUUAAAACAGUUGAUAAAAAGAGUUUUUAUAAAACUGCAGAUGUAUGUCAGGUAAGUAAAGUGUUUAAAAAUAAAGAACUAAUAUUUCGUGUUUUCUUGAUGAUAAUUCUGAAUUGUGAAAUAUUUCAGAUGUUGGUGUGCACAGACGAAAGUGAUGAUCCAAACGUGGACGUGGAGGAAACAUCGGAACAAACACCUCAUAAGAAAGAUAAGAAAUUUGUUUUUAACCACGGCGGUGAGUUCAUUGUAUUGGUAACACUCUUUGAACGUAUAGGCCACCGGUAUAGGCUUUUCAGUGUGGCGCUCUCUACAAUAGUCACGUGACGUUGUUGUUCUUGUUAAUUGUUGUGAUUACACUGCAAAACAUUUUGACUCAAAGACUUGCAGUGACUCUAAAUAUUGGUUAAAAUUACUCAAAUUUAUGAGCAAAUAUACAAAUAUUACAAACUAAAUCUUUACUCAAACAAUUGAGUACAUCUGAAACUUUAUACUCAAACAAUUGAGUAAUUUCCUCAUAAAUUUGAGUAAUUUUACUCAAUAUUUAGAGUCGCUUUGGGGGCAUUAUAUUACUCAAAUCUUUGAGUCAAAAUGGGCCAUUCCAUUUAAUAUACUGUAACCCCCCCCCCCCGUAUAGAAGGGGCCCUAAAUAAUCCCCUUAGGGUAUAAAAAUUUUGUGUGCCCCCAGAGGAUAUCUUACUAACCCCUUUAGGAUGUCGCUUUUUCCCUCUUGGAUAUCACUAAAACACCUAAUUUUUGCCAUUUUUUUUAAAUCUCUUAAGCUACCCCAAAGGAAAAUUAAAAAUGAAGAUCCCUCCUCCCCCGUUGUGGUGCAAAUAUUAAAUGGAAUGAGCCAAUACUCAGGGAUUUUUUGCAGUGAUAGUAUACCGUCAUUCGUACAGUACAAAUUAUUAGACAGAUUUAGAUCGAGGACGCGGACAUCGAAGACGACGUGAUGGCGUCAAAAUGGCGUGGCAUUGACGUCCGCGUCCUCGAUCUAAAUCUGUCUAUUAUAAACGGUAAGCCCUUCACUCAAUUCAUUUUAGUGACACCACCAUUAAAAAAUGUACGAAAACGAAGAUUUCGAAAAACAGCUAGGAAAAAGGUACAUCUAUAUUUGAUUAUUGUGUAUAUUGUAAAUAUUGUAAAUAUUGUUAAAAUCUCUAAAGGGUCCUCACUGCGUGCCCAAAUGUAAUCAUGUGGAAAAGACUUAUGUAUGCCCUCAAUUUUGCAAAACAGCUAUUUGUAUCUGGUUUUUUAUAUAUAUAGCUUCUUUGGGUACUUAUAAUGUAAAAUAAUGAAAAAAAUUUCUCGAACUCAAAUUUUGUGAACCAGGGGGGUGUGUCUUUUCCAACAAACUAAAAAUGGCUUGCGCACAAAAUUUAAAAGCUGCAAUCAUAUUUUGAGUUAACAGAUGGAAAAUUUGUCGGGAUUUUAAUUACUGUACAAAAUUUCAGACAAUUUGGUUUAGUUUAAGCCCCUUAACUAUUCACGCAAAGUUACAAUUUUCCCGAAAAAUCAGCUAUUUGCAUGCUUAAUUAUUAAUGCAUUUGCCUAAUUUGCAUAUGUCAGCAAUAUGCAAAUUAGGUAAAGGCAUUAAUUAAGCAUGCGAAAGGCUGACUUUUUAGAACAAAAUGAAUAGUUAAAGGGCUUAAACUAAACCAAAUUGUCUGAAAUUUUGUACAGUAAUUAAAAACCCGACAAACUUUCAAUCUAUCAACUCAAAAUAUUAUUACAGCUUUUAAAUUUUGUGCGCGAGCCAUUUUUAGUUUGUUGGAAAAGACACCUCCCCCUGGUUCACAAAAUUUGAGUUCGAGAAAUUUUUUUCAUUAUUUUACAUUAUAAGUACCCAAAGAAGCUAUGUAUAUAAAAAACCAGCUACAAAUAGGUGUUUUGCGAAAUUGAGAGCAAUUUCAAAUCAAAAAGUUUUUUUUUAUACACCCUGUAUAAUAACUACAGUGGAAACAUGCAAUUUGAUUAGUAAUACCCGUGCAGGAUCAGACGAUCCUGCACAGAAUACUUAAAUGCCUUCGCGCGGGUUUUUAAAAUUUGUGAAGUUAACAGUAUAUUAAACGGGAAGCAAGUUAUCAAAAACGUUAAUAAAGUUAUAAUAAAGUUAACCAUUUAAAUGAAGUUAACGUAACAAUAACUUAACCGUUGUCUCACUGUUGUUAUUUUAUAAAACAAUUACCAAAUGGUUUUCCAGAUGCCAUGCAUGCACUUGGGAUAUUGCUCGAGUUUCGGAAAGCGCAAGAAAAAACACUCGAAUUUAUAUUUACAAAACCCAUCUAUACAAUUUGUUAUAUCGAGUGUAGAUGCACAAAAUCCUACAAACACUCGCCUGCGGCCCGUUUUUACGCUUUCCGAAAGUCUCGCAAGAUCCCGCGUGUAUGGAAGACGCUAUCCUGCAUGAAAACCAUUUGGUAUUCCUUUAUUCUAACAUCAAUAUCUUCUAGCAUCAAGAAUGUCCCGAGGUUGAGAAAGAAUUAAAAAGAUUGUUAAGAGCGGAUGUCCAAGCAUCAAAUGUCAGUAUCCUUUUACUGGAAUAUUUAGACACGUUGUUUCCCAUAGUCAUGUUUCCCGAAAGUGGUCAAACUUACCAUAUAUGGAGUAGUUAUUAACUGGCCGUGUUUCUAGAAUAUUUAAAAAAGUGAAACAAAGAGAUAUUGGAUAUUGCGUCGCAAUUAUGUAUCCAAGGGCGGAAAACGGAAAACAUUAGAGGAAAUACUGUCACAGAGUUAUUGUGUGAAACAGGACUUAUUAGAGAAAAUUCUUUCACAGAGUUAUUGUGUGAAACAGGACUUAUUAGAGAAAAUUCUGUCACAGAGUUAUUGUGUGAAACAGGACUUAUUUGGACAUAAAUUAUCUGUGACACAGAGUGGGUGGGUGCCUGGUAUAGUUAUCAUUAUACAGUCGUUCGAAUCUCUCGUACUGUGUUGGAAAAUUUCCAAUUUUUAACAAAAUAACUUUGCAAGAAAUUUUCUUAUUGUCGUAUGUUCCAUAUAAUUUACUUAUGGUCUAAAAAUUUCCGAAAGCGUUUUUCGAGAUUGUUUUGUGCCGUGACGUUUAUUACACUGUGCGCCACCAUACGUUCUCUAAUUCUUAUAUUUGAUUUGUACAGGUAAUUUUUAUUUCUGCCAGGAAAAGAAAUAUAUUUCCUAGGCCUGCUCUUGUAUCAAUGAACACUCUGUACAACGGACAUUAUGUUCCAGGGUUCGGCUAUUUUAUGUUCAGGCCCCGAUUGUUUUUACUUAAAAUCUUUAUUAUUGUCCGAAGCCUUAGGGGCGGCGUUGAACGGGAGGGGGGAAAUCAGGGGUGGGGCAAAAAUUUGCCCGAUCUUGAUGAAAUUGCCCGAUCAAGAUCUGGACCAGUUUUCACGAAAUUUUAUCAACACGAACCUCUAACAUUAUGUCAACGUUUGUCCAUGCGAUGACUUAACUCGUUAUAGCAUUUGAAGUUUUAGCAGAUGAGGAGAAAAAUGAAGAAAACCCGAGGUAAACUAUUCUACCUUGUUUUUACUAUAACGUAAACGAUAGUUGCUACCCAGGGGAAGAUAAUGAUAAUUAUUUAAAUAAUAAUAAUUAACUGCGUUGCGUGGCUGAUGUAAACAUUGAAGACAAAAAAAUGAAAAUAUAAAAAUGAUUGAAAUGUUUAUGACAAAUGUUCUGCUUCUUGCAAUGUCGUUAUAUACUAACUAAACCACAAGGUGACUGUAGUCUUAAUUAAACGGAUUUAACUUCUUUUUCUUUUAAAUUCCGUAUUAUUGUAUAGGCAUACGAUUGUUUCAAGAAAUGUGUGCGCAAACAUUGGUCCACAAUAUCCCACGUUUACCAUUUCUUUAUAUGAUCCAAUAAACCACUCACAAUAAAUUCUUCACUGUCAGAUAACUGCGAAUAUAUCCAUUCAUUGUUUACCGUUCAUUACGCUUUCUCGAAUGAAUCUGACUGUCCAAUAAUAACUUUCUUUUCUUUUCUUUUCUUUUCUUAGUUUGAUGUCGUCACCACUAGGUCACCAUGGUGACGAGAUAGAUCACUUGGCAUUCUUACAAGAACCAAUGAGCGACGAGGAAGAUGAGUUAGAUGUUGAAAAUAUUCAGAAAGAUACUGCGUCAUCAAGUCAACGUUCUACUGCCUCCGCUGUUGGAGAAAGUCAAAACACUUCACUGUUUAAAGAAGGGCAAUUUAAGACUCAAACAAUUUCAAGUAAGUUUGAAAUUGGUUUGCUUCGAGGUAUUUUAUGCAUCUAGGGUAAUGGCAUGUUUUAUACUUUAUGCUGCUGUUUGUGCAUGUUAGUAGUUACAUUCUGCCAGGUGAUAGGGACAAUUGCUGGAAAAUAAUGUUGUGAAACUUAUAGAAGAGAUUGAUUUUAAUUAAGAAACAUUAAAAUCUGAAACAUGUUACUACAUAUAGAUGUGACCUUUUGUUAGUUCCAUGAAAACAAAAUUUUAAGCUAGUAAUUAAGAGUUAUGUUACUUCCAAGAAUAACUGGCCAUAUAAACAUUCCUUGGCGCGUACUGGAUCUCCAUGACUACAUAACCCAGCAUGAUUAGUUGAAACAGAACUUAUAUAGAUCCAUCAAAUUUUAAUGUGAGUACAUUAAAUCUCGAACGAUAGAUAGCAGUACACAGGUAGAGACGACAACAGACAGCGCGGUGUGAAGAAUGUACAACUACAGACAACAACAGACAGCGCGGUGUGAAGAAUGUACAACUACAGACAACAACAGGCAAGGCGGUGUGAACAAUGUAUAAAUACCUGAUAAAUAAUAAAAUAUAUAUGUAGAACAUCGACGUUUCGAGUGCAGGCCUUCAUCGGGACUAAGCCCUUCCAAAUUCUGCUUAUAUUGUACAGGUCAUUGUAUAUUAUUCACACCGCAGUAGCUGUACAUUAGUUCAAUCUAGAUAUAAAACGUUUGAUGAAUUUCACGCCAGUCGCCAGACACUCGAUCUGAAAGAGAAAAAAUUCUCGACGUUUCGAGCCUUCGUCAGGAAAGUUGUAAAUGAAACGAAGCAAAAAAAAAGUUUUUAUUUUACUACACACUGCUUUUCUCGGAAAUCCAUGUGAUUAAAAUAAAGAUUUACUGUCGCUAUAAUUUGUUACUUAGCAACAAUAUCUCAACCUUCUGACGGACUGGAUGAUGGUGAAGAACUCAGAAAAAAGAUUGAAGCACAAAAGGCUCGGAUAGAAAACGCAGAAAAUCCAUUCCUUAAGGUUUUUGAAGUUCUUUUGUUGUUUAUUUCCGAACUGCCCAAUUAGUCCAGUCAAUCUGUGACCAGAGGUCAAAGAAAUUGCAAUAGAAUUUUUCUCAGUGGUAAAAUGUGAGGGAAGGUGUCCUGAUUAACAUACUAAAAAUAAAAAAAAAUCCCUUCGGUGGAACAUGGUGAAAAUCGAGUUUCUCUUACUUCUACCUAUAGAAAACCAUUGUGGACAGAAUGUUCAAAUUUUGAAAGCAUUUUUAGGAAAAUGUAACCUACAUUAUUGGAAAGCUUAAACAAAACUAUAUAAAGGUCAAUUAAGCCGUUAUAUUCAAUUUACUGGUCAGUUUGUCGUUAUUCUAGCUCAAAGUUGAAAAAAUAGCGCAAAAUUUGCACAAAAUACAAAUUUAUGGCAUUUUAAAUCUUGUAUAACUUCGGCUGGAUAGGCAAAAGCAAGGUAACCGUUUAAUGAUCUAUAUUCUAGUUUUUUCUAAGCUUUCCAAUGGUUAUAUUUGCAAAAAAAUAAUUUCAAAAUUUCAACAUUUUGUCCGCAAUGGCCGUUCUAUAGGUAGAAGUAAGAAAAACUUGAUUUUCACCAUGUUCCACCGAAGGGAUUUUUUUGGAUUUUUAAUAUGUUAAUCAGAACAACUUUUCACACACUUUACCACUGAAAAAAAUCUAUCAGUGCAAUUACUUUGAUCAGGACCAUGUACUUAUAGUGAUUUGACUGGACUAAAUAUUUCCCAUGCCAAAGACGACAAGGUGUAUGUGUUAUAGGGGUCUCCAUAGUUAUCAACAUUUUCACAAGCAUACAGAGAGUAUCCCCUCUUUCCAUCUCCCUUCCCACCCUGAAUGUACAAUGGAAUGUAGUCGUAAAUUGUUGAAUCUCAUAAUCAACAUUUUAAAAAGCGUACAUCAGCAUUGUUUGCACGCCUGUGAAAAUGUUAAUAAUUAUGGAUGACCCCUACAAGUAAUUAAUUAGUUUAAUUGCUGGCUACUUGAUUUCAGUUGUGCCAAUAUAUAUGGCUAAUGCGUACUUUAAUUGUUAUACAAUUUCUUGUUUUGCUAUAAUUUUAUGCAUGUUAUAAUUUAUUUAAUACUGCGUGGUACAUAAAUACAAAUAUUCGUACGGCUUUCGAGUAUAUGAUGAGCUACGUUGCGACUGACGAUUAGUUAGAUCACCCAUGAUGCAGGUCAGGGGCUUCUUUAGCCUGCGUGUAGCCUCGACCCUAUUUUUUCAGAUAUCUACUUGAAUCCCGGCCGAAACGUCAAAGUCUCUUUUUUCCUUGAGCAAGAUUAAUAUCUUUCUUUUGUAUCUUUAUAAAACAAAGAAUACAUUCGAGCGAUUCAUUUCCCUUUUAGCAUAAAUUGUCACUAAACAUGAAUAUUUAGCGACUGACUAAUCACAGACGUUCCCCAUUUUUCAGAGGAAAUCCACGUGCUUUCUCUCCGGAUGCGCAGACCCAAGUAGAAGACUCAAGUAUAUAACUAUAUAUUCUCACUGCUCGCUUCCCCCGUACUAUACCUUUAACUGAAGGAAUAGUAAGAUUGGGACUAUAAUUAGUUUUCAGCCAAAGGUAGAGUGCCGCGAAGCUAGCGCCAGAAGUGUCACAGCCGAGGGGAGGUGGGUGGUUCCCAAAACCGAUUUCAGCACCGUCCUUCCUUUUCAAUGGCAACUAAUCAUCAUGAUCAACUAAUCAUCUCGUGUAUAGAUAUUCAAAUUAUAUGGUAUUGCUGUAUACCGCGUUGAAGCUGCACGCAGGCUCGGUCUUUUUCAGCCGUGAUAGUACGUCAAAAGUACGGAUUUCACAAGAAAAACUUCUAUUUGUACAUUCUAAAAUUGCAUCCCUUAUCCAUGUUAUACUAAUCAAUGAACAAUCAUUCAGUAAGCUUGAAAUCACUGUAUUCGUUGGCGCUAUUCAGAUUGCAUUGUUGCAACGUUCGCGAUCGUGAAUAUAAUUUGUUCAGGGAUUGAAUUUCUUUUACUUAAACGAGGAGCAAAAAUAUAGUUGUCUUUUUUCUUCUUAAUUUAGCAACGAUUUCAAAGUACACUUGAAAAACUUGAACAACAACUCAAGGAGCAAGAAAGUAAAGAUGUAGCGUCUGUGUGACCCCCAUGGUGUAUUGCAAGCAUUGCUGACUUCCACGCAGCGUUUUACAGAACAACAGGUGCUGGUCAGAACACUAUUGCAUGUGUCUUCUGCCUCCCUCUACCGUUACACGAUACCGAAUUCGCUUUUUAUACCACAUCAACAUAUGCCGUUCAGGAGUAAUAUCUGCUCACAAAAUUUUCCCUUUUAUCAUUUUAUUUUGUCAUAUCGCAAUUUUAAGUGUUAAGAUCAGAUGUCCCUGGAGCCGCUAACUUCGAUGUCGUGACAAGCGAAAUCACUAUCGUGUUGUGGCCUAUGACAUAAACUAUUGGGAAAAUGAAAAACAUAACUAACAUAACAAGUUUUCGUUGGUAGGGAUGCCUGGAAACACGUGCUGCAUGAAAAAUACAGAGCGAAAUUCGACGUUUCCAGCGAAGGCCCUUCGUGGGAAGUUCAUGAAAGUUAGUGCUUCCCGCCGAAUCUCGAAACAUCGGAUUUCGCUUUGUAUUUUCCAGGUAGUUGCAUCCCUAACCACGAAAGCUCGUUCAUUUGAUUGGCACUACCUACACUAAGCAAAGACACUUCAAGAUUAUAUCAUAUAUAAGUAAAAUAAUCUAUCCUGUAGAGUAUAGAUAACAUAAACUAGUAAGAUAUAUACCAAUAAGUAACAUUUCAAUUGACAUGACUUGAUAAUAUAUAUAUAUAUAUAUAUAUAUAUAUAUAUAUAUAUAUAUAUAUAUAUAUAUAUAUAUAUAUCACAAGUUUUUUAACGUAUAGUGAAGAGAGUGCUCAAUACAUAAAAUUAUGUAGAG